AUGUAUGAGGUGGCAAUUAUUUUUAAUGAAAAAAUAUAAGAUGAUGAAAUUUAGUUGAUAAGUAAUAUACUCAAAGGCUUUGGAUUUACAUAUACAGUGAUCUUUCAAAAUACAUCAAUUGUUAUGAUGCUUUAUCUAAAGAAUGUAAAACAUAAUAAUUAUUUAGAAUGAUCUAAUUCUAUAAACUCUAUCAGAUUUACAUAUAGAAUUACCUAAAUAUUCUAAGAAAUCCUUCUAAUCAAAAAUUUAGAUCUAGAAUAGAAAGAAAUUAGAAAAGUAUCGUUAAUUCAUUAAGAUUCGAGAUUUUUUAGAUUCGAAUAUAAAAGAAAUGGAAUUGUAUUCUAAAUUUAAAUAUUCAGAUAAAAAUAAAUAUGAAGAUUCCUAAAAUAUAGUGGAGAUUGAUUCUCAUCUUAGAGAAAUAGCUAUUUAUUAAAUAUUAGCUACAAUAAAAAAUAGUUAUGAUAUUAGUAAUGAAUAAUAAUAUAUGUUUGUUGCUUUAAAAUAGAAAGGAUUAUUAUUAGAUAUAUGUCCAGUGAGAACAUUUAGACAUAGUACAUAUGGAGAAUUGAAAUAAAGUUUUGAACUGAAAGUUAAUUUUUUGGAUUAACUUGUGGGUAAUAUUAGAUCUUAAAUGGGAGAAUAAAUAGCAUUUUAUUUUGCUUUCCUUCUUUAUUUAAUUAAAAAUAUGUUAAUCUUAGUAAUUUUUGGAUUGAUUACUUUUUUUUUGGAUGAACAUUAUAAAUAUGAUGUAACUAAAUCUCCAUUUGAACCAUUAUAUGCUGCUCUUACAGUUUUAUGGGCUGCAUAUUUUGUAAGUAAAUGGAAUUAAAGAUAAUUAGAAUAUUAAGUGAAAUGGAGAAGUUAAGGAAAGAAUUUUGAUCAUUUAUCAUCUAAACUUGAAUUGUCUUUACUUAAAUGUUUAAAACAUAAAAGUCACUUUUAAAUUUAAGAAUCACUUAGAAGAAUUGUUUAUUCUGAUGAAUUAGAUCCUGUAUCAGGAUUAAAAGUAUAAAUCAAAAAAAAUAUAUUUAAAAUUUAUUUGGAUUCUGCAAUUCGAAUAAUUGGAUAUGUCAUUCUAUUAGUUGCAUUUCUUAUUGUCUCUUUAAAUAUGAGAGGAUAUGUAGAUUCUAAAUAAUCAUUUUAUAUUGAAAUUAUUUAGAUUCCUUAUUGUAAGAAUAUUUAUGUAUCUUAUUUAUUGGCAGUAAUUCAUGUGGUUUUUGUUAAUUAUUUAAAUAGUAAAUAUAAAUAGGUAUCUAUUACAACUUCAUUAUCAGAAGAUCAUAAAAGUUUGUAAACUUUUGAAAGAUCACUUAUUAUUAAAAGAUUUACAUUUGAAAUCUUCUCUGCUUUUUUUGAUUUCUUUUAUAUAGGAUUUGUAAAUGAUGAUAUUAAUCAAUUGAAAUAAGAAAUGAUUUAAAUGUUUAUGGUUGAUGAAUUGAGAAGAAUAUUUACUGAAACUAUUCUACCUUCAAUUUCUAAAUUAUAAUUAAUUUAAUAAUAGAAAUACAUAAUAAAAAGAAUGCCAAAAGAAUAAUUAGAGGCUAUAAGCUAAGAAUUUUAAAUCAAUGAAACAUAAAUUGUAUAAGUACUUUAAAGUUAAUUGAUUUCAUGUUAUUUACCUAAAUAUGAAUCAUUUGAUGAUUAUUUAGAAAUUAUUCUUAAUUUUGGAUAUGUAUGUUUUUUCACAUCUGCUGUGAGAGUGGCAGGAAUAGUUGUUACACUCUUUUUAUUUAUAGAAUUCUUUUCAGAUUAUUAUAAGAUAUAUCACCUAUAUUAAAAACCUUUUGCAGUUAAAUCUAAUUCUAUUGGUCCAUGGACUAAAGCAAUGGAUAUCAUUUGUGUUAUUAGUGUAUUUACAAAUUUAAUGUUAUUUGCUGUUGCAAGUGAUUAAAUUGUUAAGUUCUUUCCUAAUUUAUUUGAAGAGACCAACACUUAACCCUAAAUAACAUAAGCCUAAUAUGAUGAAAUUGAAGAUAAUGAAAUUAAAAUUAUGUUUUAAACUUGUGGUUUAUUAACAGCAAAGCCUCUUCCUAAUAAAUCAUCUUAAGCAACAUUAGUAGUUAUAUUCAUUGAACACAUUCUAUUAAUUAUGAUAUAUUUUAUUAAGAAAUUAAUCAAUUUACAAUAAACUUGGGUUGAUAUUUAUUUGAAAAGAAAAAUAUACAAGAGAUCCUUAAAAGAAUGA